UGAAGUGGACCAAUCGCGAUGCAUCACUGGUCACGUCAGCAGGGCCGCCUCAGAGCUCUAUCUGCUCUCUGAUUGGUCAGUUGAGCCGGAGGAACUGUAGUUCAACAUCCGGAGUGUUUGCAACAAACCGGGCGGCGUGAAACGAUAGAAAAGUCGCAUAUAAAAGUCUAUAAGAAGAUGGACCUGUGGCCGUUGUUGUUGUUUGUCGCCCUCUGCGUUCUUCAGUCUUCCAGCAAACCCAUGGAGAAGAAGGACCGUGUCCAUCACGACGCCCCACUCAGUGACAAAACACACGAUGAUGAAGACAACUUUGAAUAUGACCACGACGCUUUUCUUGGACAAGAAGAGGCGAAGACGUUUGACCAGCUCACUCCGGAGGAGAGCAAAGAGAGACUGGGUAUGAUUGUAGAAAAGAUCGAUACUGACCAAGAUGGUUUCGUGAGCUCUGAUGAGAUGAAACAGUGGAUUAAACACGCUCAGAGGCGCUGGAUUUAUGGCGAUGUGGACCGCCAGUGGCACGCUCAUGAUCUUAACACGGACUCUUACGUUACCUGGGAAGAAUACAAGAACGCCACCUACGGCUCCAUCCUCUAUGAAGCCGAUCCUGAGGAUGGUUUCAACUACAGGCAGAUGAUGAGCAGAGACGAGCGGCGUUUCAAGAUGGCCGAUGUCGACGGUGAUGCGAGAGCGAAUAAGGAAGAGUUUACAGCAUUUCUACACCCGGAGGAGUUUGACCACAUGAAGGACAUUGUUGUGUUGGAGACGAUGGAAGACAUUGAUAAAAACGGAGAUGGUUUCAUUGAUUUGAAUGAAUACAUUGGUGAUAUGUACAGUCAAGAUGGAGAAUCAUCGGAACCAGAAUGGGUAAAAACAGAAAGAGAACAGUUCACAGAGUUCAGGGAUAAAAACAAAGAUGGCCGUAUGGAUAAGGAUGAGACCCGUGACUGGAUUCUGCCCUCCGACUACGACCACGCGGAGGCUGAAGCCAAACACCUGCUGUAUGAGUCUGAUACGGACAAGGAUGGACGCCUCACUAAGGAGGAAAUUGUGGACAAAUAUGACUUAUUUGUCGGGAGCCAGGCAACAGAUUUUGGUGAGGCUCUGGUUCGACACGACGAGUUUUAAUUUGAGAAACUUCGCACUUGAAGAAUCCAAUACGGACAAUAAUUUAUUGUAUGAUUUCAAGCAGACUGCAACUGUUGUGAAACAAAUUAUUACUGCGUUUACAAACUUGUUUGUGUUUUAUACAGCGAAUCGAUCAAAUCAAGUUUUGCUGCAUUUUUCCAUGAAUGCUGUAUGUUUUGCAGGUUAACGCUCAUAGCCGAUGGAUUACACUAUGCGUUUUCAAAUGCACUGUAAUGGUUGUUAUUCAGGUCACAGAUUUAAUAGCACAUGCUAAAAUAUGCUGGGUUUAUAAUACAUUAACUUGUGCUCAUUUAAUGCAACACUAUGGCAUGUGUUUAUACUGCAGCUUAGAGAGACUUGAACUCUGCAGUUAUCAGUUUGCACAUAAUAGGAUAACUUUGUAUAAAGACACAAUAACUUUUUUCUAAAUAUACUUCCAGAUGUUUUAUAACCACUUCAUGUAGAUUUUUGUAUACCCAAAUUAGAUGCAUUAUAUUGUGAAUGACAUUUUUAUUCUGUUGUUACCCAGUUGACUGUAAAUGCAACAAUGGAUUAAAUCUGAUCCAAGAUCAGCGCACAGUUAGUUCAGUAGCCCUGAUCGGUGCUCAUUAAUAUGGCAUCUGCAUGUAGAGCAAAUUAAACAUCAUUCUUGAUACUGCUACUACUUAACAAGUCAAACUUGUAUAAAGUUUACGCAGUCAUUGAUGGACUGAAUCAUUAAAUUAAAGCUGCCUUUCCUCAAGUGCCUCUUUCCAUUUCAUACCCAUAACCACAAAACUGCUUUAACAAAUGUAUUUUUUGUUGUUGUUUUUUCCCUGCAGUUUGUACAUGACUGAAAACAAAUCCCUUUCUUAACUUUAGUUUAUAGUUUGUGUAUUUCUCUGUCUGUAAAUGAAUGUAAAAUGUAUUCAGUAUGCUGUGGUCAGGUAUUGUAAAUAACUGCCUCGUAGCUGAGAAUAUUGUUCUCAAUAAAAUGUAGUAAAAUUA